AUGUCUAACGCUGAGCUGGCAUCUUCCUACGCCGCCCUCAUCCUCGCUGAUGAGGGUGUUGAGAUCACCGCCGACAAGCUGCAAGCCAUCAUCAAGGCUUCCGGCAACGAGAUCGAGCCCAUCUGGACCUCUCUGUUCGCCAAGGCUCUUGAGGGCAAGGACGUCAAGGACCUCCUGACCUCCGUCGGCUCCGGUGGUGGUGCCGCACCCGCUGCCGCUGGUGCCGCCGCUGCUGGUGGCGCUGACGCCGCUGAGGCCCCUAAGGAGGAGGCAAAGGCUGAGGAGAAGGAGGAAUCCGACGACGACAUGGGAUUCGGUCUGUUCGACUAA